GUGCGCUAUUUUGAGUUGAAGUUCGAUUGUGUUAUCUCUAACCCUGUAAAUACAACAUAUGUGACAAGCUUGUGUAUAGUGCGAAUAUAUAGCUUUAUCUUAUUUCUAUAAUUUUUAUCAUCUCAUAAUUACAUAAUAUAUAACUGUCUUAAUUCGAAAUAAGUUCUGGCAUGAAAAGAUAUCGGUAGAGUGAACAAAUAAAUAACAAAUAUCACAUUAUUUGGCAGCUUACAGUACAUUUAUCUUAAAUUUUUUUUCCGAAAUUAUGAACGUUUCUCCGAUAAAUCCUGAAGUGGCCGAUUCAAUUAAACCUUGGUUAAAAUUCUUAGAAGUUUACAUUAAUGAACCAGCAAUAAACAAAAGUGUGCGUCAGAUACGUUAUUUAGCUAGCACAUUAACAGGGGAAAAUAGAAUAGGUUGGUUAUUGAAAGGGAUAAGUUUCAUUGAUUUGACCAGUUUGAGCGGUGAUGGUACAAGCAACAAUGUGGAGAAUCUAUGUAAAAGGGCCACAACAAUUGUAGAGGAACUUCCAUUCGAAUGGAGUAAGCUGCUUCACCCAGCAGGUAUUUGCGUUUACCCCUCUAGAAUACAGGAUGUAGUGGUCAAUUUAAAAAAACUAAAAAAGUUGGGUACAAUUAAGAUCGUUAGUGUGGCUGCUGGGUUUCCUUCUGGGCAAUAUCCUUUAGAGACUCGGCUACAGGAAGUGCGCUGUGCUAUAGAAUAUGGAGCACAAGAAAUAGAUGUUGUGAUUGAUCGGUCAUUAGUCUUGAAUCAUGAAUGGAUAGAACUAUAUAAUGAGUUGGUUGCUAUUCGUAAUGUUUGUAAUGAGAAGGAUAAAAAAGUAUGUUUGAAAGUUAUACUAUCAACAGGAGAAUUAUUUAGCUUGAAAAAUGUGUAUAAAGCGUCCAUGAUAGCUAUGUUUGCUGGUGCUAAUUUUAUUAAGACAUCUACAGGAAAAGAGGAUGUUAAUGCAACUUUGCCUGUGGGUAUUGUCAUGUGUAGAGCAAUAAAGGAAUAUGAGAGAUUGACAUCCGUAAAGGUUGGUUUUAAACCUGCUGGAGGUAUAAAAACUGCGCAAGAUACUCUUGAAUGGAUGGCUUUGAUCAAGGAAGAAUUAGGAUCAGAUUGGUUGACAAGCUGUCGUUUCAGAAUUGGUGCAUCCAGUUUAGUGGAUAAAAUUAUUGAUGACAUUUGUGAAACAUAUAACAUAGAUGCAACAGCAAAUAUCACACAAGCCGAAUGUUCUAAGAAUGAAGAUAUAAAUUCUAAGAAAGAAAGUGUAGAUUCUAAGAAAGAAAAUGUAGAAAAAACUCAAAAAAAAAUUAAAUCUAGAUCUUAGAUCGGGCUGGAACAAUUGAAAGAAAUAUUUUUAUAUUAUUUUUAUACAUGAUUUGAAAUGAUUCUUGGAUUGUAUUAAUCUAUAGAAUUAAUAAAUUAAUAAAUUUAAUAUCUUUCAUCUUA